AUGAACUCACUAUUUAACUCUGCUUUAAAGCAGUCAUCAUCUAUUCGCCGCGAUUUGGACAGCUUCGCACAGUCACCAACGACCUCCUCACCCGCGUUGCAAGGACAACUUGCAGCCUCCUUAGCAUCACUAUCCCGGACCGUUGACGACUACUCAUCACUUUCCAAGAAGGAAUUGAUUCCCGAGAAACAACAAAAGGCAUUCGACCGAAUUAAGAACUUUCGAAAUGAGCUCACAGACUACCGAACGCAAUUCGAUCGACUUCGCAAAGAACGCGAGGAUGCACAAUCGGUAACUAACCGCAAUGAACUUCUCGGCCGUCGCCCACACCAUGCUGCAACACCAGAAAACCCUUAUGCACAAUCCUCACUCCCACAAACGACCUCUGCCUUCGCACCCUCGUCCUCUAGCCUCAGCUUCGGCGCUAGCCCCGCGGACUACAGUCGCGAAACCCAUGCACUACGAGAGCAGUCCUUCUUCUCCAAUACACACAACCAACUUGACGAAUUCCUGGACCGCGGAAGAGCGGUCCUCGCCGAUUUAGGACAGCAGCGUGAAGUACUUAAGGGCACGCAACGGCGACUAUAUAGCGUCGCGAACACGCUUGGUGUGAGCGGCGACACCAUCCGGAGGGUGGAGCGGCGUGCGCGUCAAGAUAAGUGGAUUUUCUGGGGCGGAGUGGUGGUUUUCCUCUUAUUCUGCUGGGCUGUGCUACACUUUUUACGAUAG